GCAGACACGGGACAAGGAAGCCGGGCACGGAGAGUUUUGCUGAUGUUAUAGGUAUUGGAAUACGAUAAGAUCGUCACACUUUAAACAUUUAUCGAGAUCUUUUUAAAGUCGUGGAGUAAGUUAUCAUGCAUUUUGUGUAACGUUAUCUGUGGAGUUGAAUGCUGGGACCAAAGCUUUCAAAGAUGCAACAUUGCUACAUUACACCAGUUUCAGGAAUGACAUGAGGUUCUUUGAAGAAACAUUUUUUGGGAUGCAGCUGAAGGGGACUGCUGAUGAAUGCCGCCUGGUCAUGAACCUGAGUGCAGACCAGCGCUGCAUUUUUGUCAAGACCACGCCUGACUGCACACAGGAAGAUGGAUUCCUUGACUACUUGCGCAUGGCUUUCUGUCUCUUCCCCGUCCACCUCCUGCCCCUUGCAGUUUUCCUCUUGAUCCUGUGGCUUAUCUUCUUAUUCAUGGCCUUGGGACUCACCGCGUCUAAAUUCUUUUGUCCGAAUUUGUCUGCCAUUUCCUCUACGCUGCGCUUGACUCACAACGUAGCUGGGGUGACGUUCCUUGCUCUUGGGAACGGGGCACCAGAUGUGUUCAGUGCAAUGGUGGCAUUCUCCCGGCCUCAUACUGCAGGCUUGGCUAUAGGUGCUCUUUUUGGAGCAGGAAUCUUUGUCACCACUGUAGUAGCGGGAUUUGUUGCUCUGGUCAAGCCCUUCAAAGUGGCCUCCCGACCCUUUCUGCGAGAUGUCAUCUUCUACAUGGCUGCUGUGUUUUGGACAUUUGUCAUCCUCUACAAGCGUCAGAUCACACUACUGGAGGCCCUGGGAUACAUUGGCUUGUAUGUGGUAUACGUCUUAACUGUCAUCAUCAGUGCCUACAUUUACAGUCGACAGAAACAUUCCAUGAACGGGUCUUUACCGAAUGGUUCGACACAGACCCCUGACUUUAGGUCCGACUCGGAUGAUGAGAACACCAGUUACCCCAGUGGAAGCAUCCAAGACUAUGAGAGUGAGUACCAGCCCUUGCUCCCCAACACAAUGACUACUACUCAGAUCUUCCUCAGCUCUCUCAACCCCAUUGACAGUAGAAAGUGGAGGAGGAAGCCAAGAUAUUGGAAAGCCUUUAAGCUGAUGAAGCUUCCACUGGAGGUGCUCAUGCUGCUCACUGUGCCCGUGGUUGACCCUGACAAGGAUGACCGCAACUGGAAACGACCACUCAAUUGCCUGCACCUUGUCACUGGGCCAUUAGUGUGUGUGCUGACAUUUUGCUCUGGAAAAUAUGGGCUGCACUACAUAGAGGGACAGUUUCCAGUGUGGGCACUGACUCUGAUCACUGGGCUCUUCCUCUCUGCCAUCAUCUUCUGUACUACAACCAAUGAGCAGCCACCCCGAUACCACUUUAUCUUCUCCCUGUUGGGAUUCAUAGUAAGUGCCACAUGGAUCAGCGCAGCGGCUUCUGAGGUGGUCAGCCUGCUACGCACGGUUGGAGUAAUCUUCAGCCUUAGUAACACCGUGCUGGGCCUCACCCUGCUGGCCUGGGGCAACAGUAUUGGGGAUACUUUCUCAGACAUCACCAUUGCACGGCAGGGGUAUCCCCGGAUGGCCAUCUCUGCCUGUUUCGGUGGCAUAAUCUUCAACAUGCUCUUUGGUGUGGGCCUGGGGUGCCUACUGCAGUUGUUUAACAAGCAGCCUGUCGUUACGCUGGAAUCAGAGGGGCUGCUGGGGUGGGUGUUGGCUGGGGCAUUGGGCCUCAGCCUGGUCCUGUCCUUCGUGUUGGUCCCCCUACAGCGCUUCCAGCUGGGACAGCCCUAUGGUGUCUUCCUGCUGCUCUUCUAUGUUGUUUUCCUGCUGGUAGCACUGCUUACUGAGUUUGGAUUUAUACACAUUGGAGGGUUGUGACCAAUUACAGAAGAGCCAAAUGGCACCCACUGUUACAGAAACACCAUCUCAAGCCUUUUCCCUUGGUAGGAAAGUUGUGUGGAAUCAUUUCACAGCCAACAGAGUGCAAUUGACUGGAGUGGCUCCAAGAGUCGCUCUUUGUAUUGAAAAGUUAAUGUAAUUACAAAUAUUUGGGGUUGAGGUUCUUCUGUUUUAGGGCUGUGGAUUAUACCUGUUAUUCCCAUAAAAGUUGGUGAUCCCUUUCAAUGCUGUCAGAUGUCUGCUUCCUGGCAGACAAAUCUUUAAAUAGUCAUAUAUUGGACCGAUCUAUGGUUCGGUCCAUAUUGGCCUUUAUUUCAUCUCUACAAGCUCCUCUCCGUUGUGUCAUUAAAUAAUUGUCAACACUAUAGUACACAGUAAUAAUUUAUAUGAAAUCAGUUGCUGGUUGGAGGAGGAUCAUGUCUAUGCCUGUAUUUUCUCUUCUUCCAAAAGAGCAGCUUUUCGGUUGAUUUUACAGAUAACCAGAGACAGACCACUACUUCAGAGCCAGUUAUUUUUUGUUAUUCCUUGUGCCUUAGUCAGGUGCAACCAUGGGGCUCUUUCCGAUCGCUUGUCACCUUGUUGUUUUUCUUGCUCCUAGCUCCACCCAUCAUGGGAGACAAAAAAAAAAGGAUGUGAAUUUGUGAAAUGGAAUGUCCUUGCUCCUUCAUACAUCAGUUUGAAGCAACGUCCCUCACAGACUUUGCAGAUGGGGAGAGGUGGAUCCACAGAUUGAUCAUUUACACAUCACACUUUCCACAAAAAAAAUACUUUCACAAAAGAUACACUCAUGUUUUCUUGGUCAAGAAAUCUUUGGGAGCCAUUUAAUGGAUUGAAAUUCCCCUAAAAGGUGGUGGGCCUCGAUCAAUUUCUGGGUCAGGCAAAGAACAAAGAAAAAUUGCAAGAAUAGGAAGUGGAAAAAUAAGCGAUUGGGAUGAGCCCCAGGUCUUCAACUUGUAUGCGCACAACAUGGAGGAAAAUAGGCAAGUCAUGUGUUAUAUAUUUUGAGGGAUUACAUUUUUUUAUAUUACAUACAAGGGGGUUUUAUCAACUAGGUGUAAACUGUUAACUCAGGUUUUGCAAAAACUAGAAUAUAUUCUGCAUGUAGAUUGGUUCACGUGAAUGAUUAUGACAAAGUGCCUUGAACAGUUCUUUAAACAUUGAAAAGGAGUGACUCCUAAAUUCAGUAAGUCUGUAUAUUGUAGUAAUUGUAUGUACAUUACACAAGUGAAGUUUCUUAAGCGUUAUGUGCCAUCACAUUUCAUAAGCCAUCAAGGAAUUGGCAUGUAAAUGGUAAAUUGUUGGAAUUCAUAUAGCGCCUUUAUCCAAAGCGCUGUGUGAUGCGUCUCAUUCACUCAGUCAUACACACACCAACAGCGAGCAUUUAGGGGUUAGGUGUCUUGCUCAUGGACACGUCGACAACUGCUCUUACCUCCUGAGCCAAUGACACGUGUACAUUUAUGCUUGCAUUGCUUAUUUAAAGGGAAAGUACUUGAUUUCUAUAGAUGGAGGCACCAUAGUUUAUAGACUUAAGGGGAGAUACCACAGGUGAAUAGGGGAAUAAUUCCUUUACUUCCUGUAUUGGAUCAACUUUUUUCAUUAAUGACUCAAUAGCUGGGUGUUUUUAAAAAUGAUAUAUAUAUUUUUUAAACCCUAUGUAUAUACUGUAAAAUUAAGAUUUUUGGCUGUAAUAACGUCUAAGGUACUUAGGUGUUUAUGAAAAAUAAACCUAACCAAAUCGUCAUUUUCACCUGUGGUGCCUCCCUUUAAUGGAAGUGUUGCAUUUAAGUUUCAUGUAUCAUCCGAUAUUGAUUUAAAAACGAAUUGGGAAGCCAGUGAUUUCGUACAAGUUAAAUUUCUCACAGUAACUAUGAAGAGCAACCAUGGUUAAAUUUGGAGCAAUGAAAAAAUAAGCCAGUUACUUUACUUUUCAAUAUAUGUGUAUUAAUCAUAUUGUAUCCUUUUGGUGUAUUUGUACUAUUAUUUUGUUUUAUCGUUUUUCUGAAGGACUGUUUUAAUGUUGUUUUUGCCAAUGUUGAUAUCUACUCGUUUUUCCAUUCUGCAAAUGUGAGACAAAAUAAUUAAAGCCAGAUUAUAUGUU